CUUCUUGUCGUACGAGUGCACGGCGUCAUCGUCGCUUCUCUUCUCUCAUCUCCUCCUCCGCUCUCUUCAGAAGUGAACGAGCUCAGUCAAAUUAGGGUUUGUUGUCAGUUUUUGCAGCUGAAGGACAUGGCAAUGGCAGGGCGCUUUAGAUCGAGCCUUCCCCUCCUCAACCGGUUGAUUGCCACAGCCGAUUCUGUGUCUGCUCAGAGGUCCGCAGUCCAGCGGUCGCUGCUCUGCCCCGCUUUCCCCGCAUCUGAGUGUUCAAGAAAUUUUGCUACUGCAUCAACCCCAAAGGCUGAAAAUGUGAAGGUACCUCUAGCUCUAUUCGGUGGUACUGGAAACUAUGCUUCUGCUUUAUACCUUUCAGCAGUCAAGGCCAAUGCCUUGGACAAGGUUGAAUCUGAGCUUCUUGACCUUGUUGAGGCUUCCAAGAGAAGUACUACCUUUGCACAAUUUACUAAGGACUUGUCAGUGCCUAAAGAUGUCAGAAUGAAGGCCAUCAAUGCCAUCUGCGAUGAAGCUAAACUUUCGGACAUCACAAGGAACUUCUUGGUUGUAUUGGCUGAGAAUGGGAGGCUCAGAAACUUGGAGAGCAUCGCCAAGAGGUUCAUUGAGUUGACCAUGGCACAUAAAGGAGAAGUCAAUGUCACCGUGACAAGUGUCAUUCCCCUGCCACCUGAAGAGGAGAAAGAGCUGAAGGAGACACUCCAAGAUAUAAUUGGAAAAGGGAAGAAAGUAAGGAUCCAGCAGAAGAUUGAUCCCAGCAUCCUUGGUGGGCUUGUGGUAGAAUUCUCGCAGAAGGUCUUUGAUAUGUCCAUCAAGACACGGGCAAAGCAGAUGGAGAGGUUCUUGAGGGAGCCCAUCACCGAUAUCUUUUAAUCUCGAGUUUGUCAUUGUACUGAAUCGACUCUCGCCAAUCCUUUUUGAGAGGAACUCAGGCCUUGAUUUCCUACGUUUGUUCGAUCCCCACACCUGUUGUCGGGUGGAAUAUGUUCAAUAAAAGGAGCUACUUUUUAAUUGACAUUUUUUGCUUCAAAAAUAGAUAGCUACUGUAUUCAGGAGCUUUUGAUCGAUCCAUGUGUUAACUCAUGUCUGAAA